CAAGUUUUGGAAGUUCGACGCAAACCCGUUUCGUGCGGUGCAAGUAGCUGAAGCGGGAGAUAGGGAUUCCCAGGCGGGUUGGAGAAGGGCUGAGGGUGCUGUAGUUUAGUGAGGGCAUAGUAAAUACUGAGGGUAUUAGCAUGCACGGUGCUGGGUAGGCAAGGGAGAUCCUGUGUCCCUUAUUGCAUUUUUUUAGAUAAAGGACAUAAGUCGACAUUGUAGAAGCAGGAAAAAGGCCAAAGAUGAACAACAGCGGUGCAACAGGUUGCUUGCUGGAUGUAGAGGAUGAUACAGGCACCCCUAGAGGUAUGCACAGACCUGCAGAGAUGCAAAAGCUACAGGCAGAGUUUCAAGCUCUUUACCAGCAGCGCCUUCGUAGACUUGAACAGCUAGAUGGAAACAGGGAGGAUACGCUUCAGCUAAAGGUGGAUGUUCUGCAAUCAUUUGUGAAAGACCUCACUGAGCAAAACCAGGUUUUGAUCCAGAGCCUUGAAGAAAUGGAGAUUGUUUCUGAGGAGAAAGUCUGCAGCCUAGAAAAAAAACUUAAGGUAAAGGAGCUGGAAUAUGCCUCUAGAUUUCACAUGUUUGAACAGGAAAACCAAACUCUUCGGAUCACAAAGGAAAAUCUUGAGUGGGAGCUGUCUAAGCGCCCAUCCUUGGCUUUAUGCCCGAUGCCAACAGAACUCCCUUUGAGAACCACAGCAACACUCCCCGGCACCCCAAAUUCUGGUAAAGAUCACCUUGUCUGGCAGUUGCAGAAGCAGCUUAAUGAUGCAUCUCUGUCUCAUGAGGAAGUAUGGACCCAGAUGCAAGAACGUGAAAGCAAAAUUCAAGAACUUCAGAAUACCAUCACAGAAUUGCAUAAGGAAAUAUCUCUGAAAGACUCUGAAAACCUACAGCAGCUACAAGCCCAGCACCUUUUGGAGAACAGAGUGAAAGAACUAGAGAAACAGGUAUGGAAAUCGGAGGAGACCAUUAUCCAGCUUAGGAAAGAAGCAACAGAGUUCAAGAGCACAGCCUGCAGCAGAGCCCAGGGCAAGAGUGUUAAUGAUGGUCAGUCUUCUUGCAUUCAGGAUAUCCAGUUGACUCCAUACCAAGGGACAGAAAUGCUUAAAUCUGAGCUGGCACGGCGGGAUGCUACCAUCGAGAAUCUUCGGAGAGAUGUACUUCUGUCUCACCAGGCCCGGGACAUCCUCUCUGCUGAGCUGGAUGUCCAGGAGCAAAGAAUCUCUCAGCUACAGACAGACCUCCAAGAGAAGCAGGCAGAGCUACUGAACAGCCAAGCUCGAACUCAUCAGCUACAGCAAGAUCUGCACACCACAAGGCACCAGUAUGAAGAAAUCCACAUCCAAUUGACUGAAGUAAGAAGCCACUUAGCUCGUGCAGAAGGAGAAAAUGAGGCCCUCAGAUCAUGCAAGUUGGAGCAAGCAAAUGAGAUUGAACGACUGGUGGCAAAAGUUACAUCUCUACAAGAUGUCAGUGAGAAGAGCCAAGUACUGACAAAGGAAGCAGAAGAAAGAUGUUGUGAAUUGGAAAAGCAGCUGUUAGAAACCACUGGCAAGCUCAAACAAUGCCUGGAGACUAAGCAAUCCCUGCAGGACAGAGUGCAGCACGCUAGCCAUAGGGCAGAGCAGGACCAAGCUGAGCUUCAGACCGAGCUGGACAGCCUGAAAUUUAAGCACAGUGUUGUAGUGAAAGAGAUAUCUGAAAAAAACUCUCAACUCCAAAAGCUGCAGCACAUAUGUGAAGAACUACAGGAAAAACUGAGCAACAGGGAGAGGAUAGCAACAGCACUGGAGGCCGAUCUGAGCUGGCGCAAGGAAGAACUGCACAGUGUGACCCAGAGGCAAGAGAAAAUAUGUCAGGAUCUAAAAGAGGACAGAUGCAGACUUGAAGACCUUUGUGGAAAUUUGAAGGCAAAGGUUGGGUGCCUUCAGGCAAGGCUAGAAGAAGAAAGAGAGGACAAUUUGAAAGAAAUGAAUGAACUUCUCCAUCAACUGAAUCAUAAAGAAGAGAUUAUUGAAAAGCUGCAAAAGGAGCAGAAGAAUCUACAGGAUACAAUUAAAGCAGCUGAGCACAAGAUUGAGCUCAGCAAAUCUCGAGAAGCUGCUUUGCAGAGGCAGCUGCAUUGUGUCGGUCGUGCACAAGAGAAUGAGAGCAGUGAGAGAGACUGGGAGCUGUGGGAGUUGAAGGAGAAGCACAAGGAAGCCGAAAAAGAGUUGGUUCGACUCAAUCAAGAUCUAGAGGAGCUGCGAAUGGAGUUAGCAGAAUCCCAACAAGUUUGUGAUAAUAAAACAAGGAGUUUCCACCAGCAGGAAGAUGUUGUCAAGAGGCUGGAAUCUGAAAGGCAAAGUUUACAGGAUGUAGUCAGAGAGCUUCAGACCAAGUUGUCUCAAAAAGAAGAGAGAUUAUCUACAGCCAGUAUGGAAUUGGGACCUCUCCGAGAAAGGCUGCAAACCCAAAACUUUGAAAACAACACACUCAGAGAUCAGUUACAAAAUACCCAGGAUGCUUUGAAGAGUGUCUCAUUGGAGCUGCAGGAAGCAGAGGAACUGAUUGUUCAGAUGGAGCACAAGACAAAUGAGGCACAAGCCGACCUGGCACAACUGCAGCAGCAGUACUCCACCUGCUACUGCCAGCUAGUACAGGAAGAAGAGAACUGUUCAAAGUUAAAAGCAGACUUGUGCAAUGCCGAGGAAGAGAAGGACAAAUUGUUAGUGCAGACACUGCAGCUUACCAAUGAGACAAAGCGACUGGAGAAUGAACUUGUGGUACUAAUGGAGAAGCACAGAGCUGCACAGGACGAGGUUGUUAAAAAGGAGCAAACAAUCCUAAAGCUCACUACAGAUCUGAAAACAACUGAAGAAAGCCUAAGAGUAUUACAAGAAGAGUUAAAUGCAAAAACGGAUGAACUGACAACUCUAACAGUAAAGAGAAAAGAUUUACAAAGUGACAUGCAAAGCUUACAGAACAUCCUGAGUGAACGGGAGACAGAAAUAAGCCAGCAGAAGCAGAGACUAUUACAACUGCAACAGGAGAAUGAGCAGUUCAUGCAGCAGAAGGAUCACUGUGAAGAGCUUGUGUCUCAGCUGAAAACGCAGAUACAGGACUGUGAAACACUGCGGCAAGAUGAAGUCCAGAAUUUUGAGGCAAAAGUCACUGAUCUACAAGCUAAACUUGAUGUACGCACUCAGGAGUUUAAAGAAACUGUUGGCAACCAACAAGAGCUUAAACUUACACUGGAACGCUACAAAUCAGAUGCAGAAUUGUACAAACAAAUUAUUACAGAGAGAGAGGAGGAAGAAUCAAUGUGGAAGUCCCGUUGUCACACUCAAGAUGCAGAGAACUUGAGGCUUCGUAAGAGUCUGCAGGACUCAGAAACUCAACGUACUGCUGCAGAAAUACGAUGCCAGUCCUUGUCUGACUCUCUUGAUGUUUAUAGACAGAAGUAUCAAGCAUGUCUAACUAAAGUGACUGAUCUGGAAACUGAAAUCAAGAGCACUGAAGAGGACUUAAAAGAGGCCAAGGCCCAGAGUUUGCAGCAUGAAGAUGAGGUUUUUCGUCUACGUGCUGAGAUCCUAGUGUUAAAAAAAGAUUUAGAGUCACGAAGCGCCCAGCUGGAGAGCAGCGAUGAGGUUAUUGAAACACUAAGCCAGCAACUCAGAGAAACCCAAAAUGAGUCUGAAGCCAUCAAGAAACAUGGCGAAGAAUGUGAGGAAGUGAUCAUUAAUCUAAGAGAGAGGAUAUCAGCUCAUAAAUUGCAGGCAAAGGAGCAAGAAGAGAUGAUGGUCAAAAUACAGACGGACUUCUCAUCUUACCGUGCAACUCACUCACAUUCAGACUCAGAAUUUGAUUCCCAGCUUUUGCUCAUUGAGCAGCUCAAGCAGGAGCUGGCUGCUGCCCUGGAGCAGUGUAGUAAGCACGUUCAACAAGUUGGAGAGCACCAGGCACUCAUCCGUGAGAUGAAAGAAGAAGUGCAUAGGCUAACAGAGCAGAGGAAUAGCAGCAUUGAAGAAACAAUAAGGCUGAAGGAGACGAUAAAGCAACUGCAAGUGGAGGUCCUUACAGACAAUCAGCAAAGACAAGCUGAAGUAGUGGACCUGCAGCGUUGUGUCUCACAACUGGAUGCUGAAGUGGCAGAGGCCCACAAACAGUGCACACAGCGACAACAGGCUAUCCAAAAAAGAGAUGACCUCCUAAGAAAAUCAGAAUCUCACUUGAUGGAAGCUCGGGACAAAAUUCGAGAGAAGGCUAUAGAGGCUGAGAGGCAAGCCAUUAUAUCAAAGAGCCUCCAGUCAGAUCUACAAAGAUUACAGCGUGACAUCAAACAGAAAGAAAGACAAAAUGCAUCCUUCGUAAAUGAGAUACAGCAACUGAAGCAGGAACUAACAACAGCACACACGCAAUACAGAGAAGCAGCACAAGAACUUGCUCGGCAGGAGGAAAAAUUAGUUCUAACAGAAGGAGGGCAGCAGAGAGCUCAGGAGCAGCUUGGUGACCGAAUAGCUGAGGUUGUACGGCUUGAGCAAGUGGAGAGGAGACUACAGUGUGAACUUCGAAUGCUCAGAGACCAAGUCAACACUGCAGAGCAAGAGACAGAGGGACACAGAGGGCUUAUUGAAAAGCUGAAAAACGAGGUCAUGCAGACUAAGCAAAAUUACCAGAAUGCUUCGCAAGAUAUGCUGAGGCACCAGCAAGAAGCUCAAAGAUUAGAGCUGGAGCUGGUUGGGAGCAAGGACCAGGUCAGAAAUCUGCAACUGCAGAUACAAGAUCAGGAAGAGAUGGUCUGCCACCUACGAGAUGAGCUGGACCGGGAGCAGACUCAGCAUAAAGAGUAUGUAAAGCACAUCCAAAACACAAAAGAGCAAGUGAGCAGCCUGGAGAAGGAAAAUGAGGAGUUGAAAGCCAAACUGUCUUCCACAGAGCACCUGCUAAAAGAGAGGGAGAAGAAAAUGGCAAUUCUCAAGCUUAAUUUUUCUGAGCUCAACAGUGCCUCUCAGCAGCUUCAACAAGAAUUCAAAAACUGCCAGUCACAACUGAAAACUUGCAAAAGGGACUUAGAAGCCACAAAAACCUACAGCAAAAAAUACAGUACAGAGGUCACCGAGUUGGAGGAUACUGUGAAGAAGCUGCAACGAGAAUUAGAGCUCUCUCAGGAAAAAGUGAGACAGGGAAAUGAGGAACUGGUCUAUACUGAGCAGGCGCUCAGAGAGCUUAAGUAUGAGCUGACAACAUUAAGGGAGGCACACAAGGAGAGCAUGGACAAAUUAAACGAGAGGAAUUAUGAGGUGGCCAAUCUGCAGAAUGAACUUGGGCAUUUUCAACAACGCCAUUCACAACUCCUGAAGGAAAACACAGGAUAUGGGGAGCAUAUUUUCCUUCUUAAAGAGGAGAUUAAAAGAGCUCACAGCAAGAAUCAACAUUCAAACGAUGAGGUCCGAAUGUACGAAAGCAGGUUGUCUGAGCUCAGUUCCCAGCUUGCACUCUCCCAGCAAUGGGGUCAGGAGCAGCUUGAAACCUUGCAAAAGAGAGAAAGUGAAACAGUUCAUCUGAAAUUGGAGUUGGCAUCUCUAAAGGAGAAAUACCAGGCCUGUAUUAAGGAGAGUGAAGCCUUGCAGACAGAGCUGCAUGAAAUGAAGCAGAAGUACAUCUCAGCGACUGAUGAGGUACAGACACUGCGUCAGUCACUCAGUGAGGCCCGCUCAGAUAAUUCCCGCCUCUAUCGAGAAAGUGAUCUGGUGGUUGCCAACGUUAACCAGUGGGUAAAAGAACAAAAAGAAUCUAAUGAAAAACUGGGAAACAAAAUCAAAGAACAAAGCAAGCAAUUAAUUCAUCUCACAACUGAAAAAGAGCACUUUGCAGAAAUGAUAAAUAGUCUACAGCAUGAAAACAAAAAACUCAAGACAGAAGUUGAUGAGCGGAGGAUAGAAACAGAGAGACUCAGGGCACUGCAGGCAAGCCAGUCAAAUCAAUAUUCUGCCUUGAGCCGCUUGCGCAGCCAAAUGAAUGACCAAGAGUGUUCUACAAGCCUAGCAAUGGCCAGCGGUGGAAACUUAAAGACCAGAAGGUCUCUCGCUGCCAGUCUGAACUACAACUAAAAGAUUCAAUACAAUGUCAUUAACAACAGCGAGCCACAGGCAUUUACUAUCUCCGGAUCCUUGGAUGUGCCAUUGAUGCAGUUUGGAUAUGUUCAGCUGUUGUGAUAUCCAUCAAACCCACUACAUGUGCCCAGUAAGACUAGACCCCUUGCAGAAUCAGACAGAUUCUUUGUGAAUGACUUCACUGAGCGCAGCCCCUUUCUAUGAGUUUGUUACAUAAAGUUGGAGGAUACUUGUCUAUAAAGACUGUACAUUUUUGUUUUACCUCAUACACAUUAACUUUUAUGAUUUUGAUAUAUAAUAUGUAUGGAAUAACUCCACCUCACAGAAGGCUCACUAAUUUAUUUUUUCACACUUCAGCUUUUCUUAUAACCAGCAGAAGGUACUUCUAUCUCAAAGACAGAGAUAUUGUAGGCAAAAGCAUAUGACUGUAAGGUGUAAUUAAAUCCUCUGGUAGGAAACACAAGGAAUGGACUCCAAACAUCUUGUCGCUGUAUUCUAAACUUAUGAAUUCUGUACAGCACAAGGAAGGUAAGCUACCACGAAGCAGCCAACUCUUCUAUUUCAGCCAAUGGAUUCGGAAUAUUGCCCAGCCAGAGAAAUCUUUCUAUUUAACUUGCCUAUGGUUUCUUUCUUCCUGAAAGACUUGGAGCUACAGUACUUUACCUCAGACCAUUCAGUAACCUACAGUAUGUGCAUCAUGGCACAAAGUUUUAUAUCAAUUCCACCUUACCAAAUUUAUAAAUUUGCUAGUCAUUUCAUUAGAUGCCAGAUAUCCUAAUGUGAUUAAGGGUAUUAGCAGCAUGUUUAGGAGGUCUCUGUGAUUUAGUUAUGAAUAAAAUGUUUUCUGUCUCCCAGAAAAUGUAUAAGACAGACUUCAAAACACUUAAAGCGAUGUUCUUUGAAGAAAAAAAAAAAAAAAAAAAUACUAUUGUCCUCUGUUUGUUUAACCUGGGUCUGUGUUUUAGUCACAUCAGGGCCUAUGCUAUACUAUAGUUAAUGAUAAAUUAUCAGUUUCAUCAGUUAUGAUAAAUCACCAGGUUAAAAUGAAUGUUUCCCAGCCCUUUUUUUCAUUCAUAAAUUUUAAAGUAUGGAAAGUACAGCCCAGAGCACUCCUAAUUAUAUAAAAAUAAAAGGGAAUCAUUUACAAAAUUCCAGUUAACAUCAAUGUCUGGCUAUUGGCAGCUCUGUUGCCUGUUACAGCUAGUAUUUGAAACUUUAGUGGGAGUAGGCUCAUACUAUGACAUAUUAGACCAACGCUUAACAGCCAUUAAUGUCAUAGUGUUUCCAGUAAACUAAACUUAGAAAAAUCAAUAAGAAAGAUAAACUCUUUAAAAGCCAGAAGCUCAAUCUGUUUACAAAAAAGGAGCAUAUGUUAUACAGAAGCUUAACAUUGUAGAAUUGCCUACCUUCUACCAGCUUGCUUGUGCAUACAGUAUAUGACUUGAGCUAAAAAGCAAAUAAAUAAAACAUUUAAAAAGGUCUGCUUUUUAACAGACUGCAGCCUGUUCAAAAAUAUUGACAUUUUGGCCUCACCUUCUGUUGAGUAUGUGACUUCCGCUGGAAGCAGAGAAAUGCAGGUUUUUAACAGGGCAAUGAUCAUGGCCUUCAUUUGUGAACCUGAAAGCACCAAGUGCAAAUAGCUGAGCAAUGGAACGGCAUAGAGGUGAAUCCUGCACUCUUUAACCAUUUGGACAAAAAUUGCGUAUUUUUUUCAUUGUAUUUUGUUAUGUCACCUUUUACAGUCUGUGCUGCAUUGUGCACCCUACAGUUCUUUUUAUAUUUUAGAAUUAUAUAUACUGUAUUUUAUCAGUUUUCAAGAUAUUUUAAGUAAAAGUGAAUUUUCUAUUUAAGGAAGUUCAAAAACUGUACAGCAGCUAGUAGAUUAGCUGUGCUGGCUAGUAAUUUUUUCUUAAUCUAUUAAAUCAGAUAUUAGUGCAUAACACAAAAAUGCGCUCCAUUGCAAGUCAUUACAGUAUUGUUAUUACUGACUUUUCAUUUUUAGUUAUGUUUCUCAUUUAACACUUCAAUGUUGAUUUGCAAUACCAGUAUUUUUUUCCUUUUCUGGUUGAUUAUACAAAACUAUAAUUCAAUUCAAAAUUUUAUUUAAAGAGGCAGCAACAAAUAUACAAUCCAACAUUUUGAAAAUGUGAAAAUGAAAACUCUGUAACCAAGUGUUCACAUGAAGAAAGGUGGACUGCAUUUGUCUACUUAAAAAGCACUAUUUGAUAUCUCUAAGUACUUUUUAUAUAUUUGUAAAUAUGAUAUUUUAUGUAAUUACAAUUUUUUGUUAAUACUUGAAAAAUGUACAGUACAAUCAGACAGAAAGUUUGUAUUUUUUUUAAAUAGAGUAAUUGUUGAUUAUUUAAUUUUAAGUGAUUUGUUUCUGUACUGAUUGUUUUAUAUUGUAUUUUGGAUCUACUUUUCUUUAUCAGUUUUUCUGUAUAUUAGCACAUUAAAUUAACAAAAAUUAACAAAAUUAUCUGGCUGUUUAUCCUAUAAAUGUUUUAGUAGGUAUACCCAUUUGUUUCAGGUAAUGAAGAACAACAUGCACUUUGUACCCACCACCUCUACAGUCUGUCUAACAUUUAUGUUGCUUGCCUUGUUGUUUGUCACAAGACAAUCUAGCAGUUGAAAUAUUCUAACAGUACAAAUGGAAGUUUUUUCUUUUUUUUUUAUUGUUUAUAUUCUUCUUAAUACGGAAUGUAAGCCUGAUUUUUCUGCUGAUCCAAUACCCAAAUGAGGCCUUGCAUAAAUUAAAAGCAUUUCCAGAUUGCAAGUGCCUUGAGGAUAGCUUUAUUAUUAUGUAUUACUAGAGCAAUAUUUCUUCUUCUGUGAAUUUUUGAGUGUACUGGGAGUAUGAAAAUGUUGGACAAUAAUAACUGCAACAUGAAUGUGCGACUCUUGUGUACCUUAGUUCUUGGUCAGUUGUUUUUUUUUUUAUGUACAAGGUUUAAAAUGAUUUGUCAUUUAUAGGUGAAAAUGUGUAAAUAACCUUCUUAAGUUUGUAAACAGCAAAAUCAAAAUUGUUGCAUUCAUGGUUUUGUUUUUUUUUGUUUUGUUUUUUAUUUUGUAUGCUGAACUGAAAUCAAUGAUUUGCACAAUUUUCAGAAGCAAUGUGAUUUGUAACGGAACUGGCUCUGAGGCUCUAGAUCAGAGGUUGGCAGCCUGUGGAGGAUCCUUGAAAUGCACCCAACCCCUCCCUUUUGAAUUUUGUUGGGUACAAACCUAGAAACCAACCAUAGAUUUUAUUACAGUAUACAUUAUAUGAACAUAUCCAAACUCACCUAUACCAGCUUUAUUUGUGGUACUACAUACAUUUUUGGACUCUGUAAGGAAACUCAUGCAAGGAUGUGGCAAUCAUGCAACCUCUGAACAGCCAAAAUUACUGUAUGUACUUCAUAUGUAAGGUGGGGUGGCACAAAGUUGCCACUUCACAAAAUUUAGGGUCCUACGUUCAAAUCUAAUGCCUAAUCAUUGUCUGUGUGGUAUAUGCACAUUCUUCCCAGGCAAUAUUCUUAACAACUCAGGUUAAAUGUUGAGUCUAAACUAACCUUAUGUACAUGUGAGGGUGAUACAAUGGAUUGGUGCCUCAUCCAUGAUUGUCUCCUGUCAAGCACCUCUUGCUGCUGGGUUAAGCUUCAAUGCCCCACAACCCUGAACUGGCAAAUUUGAGAAUCUCAUUACUAUUUAGAGAUAAGUACCAAAUACAUGUUUUAUUUAAAAUAAAUAGUAGCAUUCUGUACUUUGUUAACCUCCAUAAACACACAAACCUGACAAUUUAUAACUGAAAAAAAUUAUGAGAUAUGACAGUCCAAUCAACAAAAAAAUAAAUAUUAACAUGUUAAAUGGCUGCCAAUACCUGUCCUAGAUGCAUUAGUGAAAAUGAAAGCUCUGUUCCUUUCUUCAACUGUGACAUGUCCUUAUUUGUUUUAUAUUAAAUUAUUGUGUUUUCUUUUUAUUUAUUCUUUUUUAUUAAACAAAAAACCUCCA